AUGCCCUGUCGCAUCGCAUUUCCCUUUCUCACACGUUCCUCUCGGUCAUUUCCAUCACUCUCACUGCUCCCCCCUUCCAUCACAGAUGGCAAGGAGCAGCCUUCAGGCAGGGAGCAGCCUUCAGAGAGCAGCUCUGCAGUGAGUGGGUGGGACAUGUACCCUCCACGUGGCAGAAGCUCAUUGGCCCACUGGGGUCCUAAAAGGUCAACUCCCCGUAUCCGCCACGACCGUCGCAAGUGGGUGUACAGUCCAGAUGAGGUGGCAGAGGAUGAACGGAUUGAUCGAAUUAGGUCGCGCAAGAGCGUAGCUAGUAGUGCCGAGCUGUGCCCGCGGGAUCUCAACGAGAUCCCGUACAUCGCUUGGAUGAACAAGCAGAUUGAUGCCGGCCGUAAGCCCGCCGGCCCUUUGCCCGAUGGUGCGCCGGGUGCGGGGGACACCUUGUUCAAAGCCCCGCGCGAUGUCCCUACCCGUGGGCGCCGUGAUGCCGACCGGGUUGCAUCAUCCCGCGUCGUUGAAGACGACGCAUUCGAUGACGAUGCCGAGGACUCUGAGUACAACGACUGCGACGACGAUGCGGACUCUAGCGAAGAGGAGGACAAGGGCAUGCCCCCCUCCGGAGAUGAAGACGAUGCCGAUGAGGACGCCGACGACGACGAGGACGUGCCCGACGAGGCCCAGCCUGCGACCCCGUCUCCCCGUCGCUCCCAUGCUACUGCCGCGGCCGGAACCAAUACUGCCGCGAAGGGCGGGGAACCUCCGCGUGCCGCUGCCAAGAACCGCAACCUGCACCCUGUCAAGCGGAGCGUGUGGUCCCACCGCGAGAGCACGAUCUUCGUGGCGGCACGUUGGUUCAUGAAGGACAAGCUCGGGAAACUCCUCGCGAAGCAGGGAUCCCAGUACUAG